AUGCAUUCCAGAAGUAACAGCACCGAAAGCCCAACCAGACUAAAGCCAAGGCAGCCAAGGGUGAAAGACCACCACAAAGAAGAGGUUGGUUACAGUGGGAAAGGAAAUGCACAAACACGGCAGAAAGAGAAGGAUGAUGUAGCCCAAGCCAGCACCAUCCCGAGAAGUCCAAAGGCAGAGAAAAAACAAAAAAGCUCUGCCAAGAAAAGAGAGGAUCUCUCUCGUGAUGACUUGCUAUUUCUUCUCAGUGUCCUUGAGGGUGAAUUACAGGCUCAAGAUGAAGUUAUAGGAGUACUUAAGGCUGAAAAAAUUGACUUAGCUUUGCUUGAAGCACAAUAUGGCUUUGUUACUCCCAAGAAGGUGUUAGAGGCACUCCAGCGAGAUGCUAUUCAAACAAAGGCUGAGCAAUGGCAAGAAGAUGUCUAUGAAAAGCCUAUGGGAGAGCUUGAUAAAGUUGUAGAGAAACAGAAAGAAGUUCACAGAAGAAUGCUGGAACAACUUCUAAUGGUGGAAAAAGCACACAGACAGACACUGCAUGUACUUGAGGAAGAGAAGACGAAGCACAGCAAAUACAUGGAAAAAAGUGAUGAGUUUACAAACUUGCUGGAACAAGAAUGUGAAAGCAUGGAGCCACAAACGAGCCACAAGCCUGACAAGCUCCUAGCAUAUGAGGAAAAGUUCUGUGGAGAAAAAGAGGCCAAUGGACAAUUGGAUAGGUCUUUCCUGCACUUCAGCAUCAAUGAUUCUCUGGGUGUGUGUGUGUGUGUAGACCAGACAGGAACACCAAGACAACCUGUACACAGUGGUAUAGCAGACCAAGUCAACUAG